AUGGGCAGCACAGCCACGACCACAGGGCUCAGGCUGUACUUGAUUCGACAUGGCGAGACGGUCGACAAUGUCGGUUCAGUAUAUGCAGGUCGCAGAGAUUCCGAGCUCACCAGCCAUGGAUAUCAGCAAGCAAAGCGCCUAGGCGCUUACUUCCACUCGCAAGGCAUCGUCUUUACCCACCUUUUCUCCUCACAGCUCCAGCGCGCAGCAAAAACGGCUGCGCAAAUACGAGACGCGCAGGUCACUCGGGCGACCACUAUAGAUGGCGAGAGCACCGCCCCGGACGUUGUGCACCUUCCCGUACUGGUGGAGCAGGAUUUCGGCUCCUUGGAAGGGAAGAAGUGGAACGAACCUCGAACUGACGCCAAAUCUACUGGCAAGGAGCAUUCCCGACAACAACACAAGGAAAUUCCAGGACUUGUCAAUGUCGAGUCUAGAGAUUCUAUGGCACAACGUGCUGACACUUUCCUGGACCAGCACCUGUUGCCGUUGCUUGACGAAAGGCCUGGAAGUCAUGUCGUUGCCGUCGUUUCCCACGGUAUCUUUCUGUCAGUGCUCUGGAGUCAACUCCUUUCUCGCCUCCCGCGGAACAAUGUCACGUUGUCUUCCGAUGUAAUGGCAAGCAUUCGGGGAUAUUCUCUGGAACGUCUAGGAGGGUGGUCGAACACUGGAUACCUGGAAUUGCACGUGAAAACGAUCGCGAUGUACACAGCAGCCUCCGCACCAAACCAGAGCUUAACGGCAGACCCUGAUACUGUCCACAGCUAUGCCAAGGCUCAGAGUGGGCUCCACAAUUCUGCACCUGAUUCGAGAAACGUCGCUGCUAAACCAUUUGUCGACUUCGGACGCUCAAAAUCAAGGCUUCUUCACAGCUGGUUGGUGACGAUUGAGGCCGUCAAUGCCAGAGAUCACCUCAAGGGUCUCAAACGUACGCGAGGUGGCAUAGGCAGUGCUUCUCAUGAUGCCUCACAGCAAAGUAUCGAUCGGUUCUUCAAGAAACGCAAGGUAGAAUAG